UUGUGACUGAAACUGCUGCACAGGAAGCAGGUGGAAACCAACUGUCUGUGUGCUCCUUGGGGAGCUCAUCAACACAGGAACUAUACUAUUAAGCAAGGUAGCAGUUGAUGGCGGCAUGUUUGUAUUCUCAUUGCUCUGUUAUAGAAGCAUUCUAGGUGUCAUUUUCAUCUUGCCAUUUGCUCUACUCCUCGAAAGAGGGAAGUGGAAAGAAUUGGAUACAAAGGCUCUUGUGUGGCUCUCCAUCAAUGCUUUUGUCGGUAUGGAGAGCUUGCGCCUCAAAUCCAAAGAGGCCAGCGCCAAGGUGGUUGGUGCAUUGUUAUGUUUUGGUGGGGCUUUGCUGAUUAGCAUGUACAACGGAAAGGAACUGCAUCUCUUUACCUCGGUUAUAAAAGGCAUAAUUAAGAUUUCUAAUGGAGUAGCCGGAGGACAACAUCAUAUGAGGGGAACCUUGCUUUUGUUGGGUGAUUGCAUAUGUUAUGCAUUUUGGUAUCCCAUACAGGUGAAAGUUUUAAAGGUGUGCCCAUGGAAACAUUGGUCAUCAAUGUUGACCUGUGUUCUAGGUGGUUUACAAACAGGUGUCGUAGGAAUGUUUUUGAGGAGGGACAAACUUGCUUGGCAAGUAGGAUGGAACAUUCAACUAUUAACAAUUGUCUACUUGGCUGCACUUGGCACAACCGCCAAUUAUUGGUUGAAUCUAUACGCCGUGGAAAAGCGCGGACCUGUUUUUCCACCAAUGUUCAACACAUUAUCGAUUGUCUUCACCAUGGUUCUUGGGGCAUUAUUACUAGGAGAAAGCAUCACGGUUGGGAGCUUGUUAGGUAGUGCAUUGGUUUUCAGUGGUUUGUAUAUGUACCUCUAUGGAAAGGCCAGAGAACUCCAUGCGAAGACGUCAUCAGGGUCAAGCAAUGAAAAGCUUCAGGCGCAACCUACCCAUGACUCAAAGUUUGAGGUUCCAAGAUUUGGUCCUUGAUUUUUUAGGAUGCUAGUCUCGAGUGAGCUUUAUAUUAGAAGUUGAUACCACUUUGUUAAUGAUUUGACCAAUCCUAAGAUGUGUGAUGGUGCAUUAGUAUUUUCGAGUGAAGUAAACCACUAGUUUGUAGGGUAUCUUUCUUAUUGGAUUGUACAAUUGUGAUACCAUAUAGGACAAUAUCUUCAA